UCUUUCGCUUUCAAUUCUUUUGAACCCAAAACCCAAAACCCUCGCCUAUCUGAGAAUGAACAAAGAAGGAAGAAUCGAGGAGGAGGAGGAAGAAGAAGAACAAACCUUCGAAGAAUUGGGACUUGACCAUCGUCUCAUCCGUGCUUUAACCAAGAAAAGUAUUGAUAAACCAACUCCUAUUCAGCGAGUUGCUAUUCCUCUAAUCCUCGAAGGGAAAGAUGUGGUUGCUCGAGCUAAGACUGGUUCUGGAAAGACAUUUGCGUAUCUACUUCCUUUACUUCACAAGCUUUUUAAUCAGUCAUCUUCAACCAAGAAUUUUGCUCCUACUGCAUUAAUUCUUGUACCCACAAGAGAAUUGUGUCAGCAGGUUUGUUCAGAGGCUAAUUCGUUGAUUGAACUAUGUAGAGUGCAAUUGAGGCUUGUCCAAUUGACAAGCUCUAUGUCUGUUUCUGAAUUGAAAACUACCUUGGCGGGACCUCCGGAAAUUGUUAUAUCUACUCCUGCCUGUAUACAGACAUGCUUGUCAAAUGGAAUUAUUCAAGCGAAAGCUGUUCAAGAUUCUCUAUCCAUUCUCAUUCUCGAUGAGGCAGAUCUUCUUUUGUCAUAUGGAUAUGAAGAUGAUUUGAAAGCUCUUACAUCUCAUGUACCAAGACGUUGCCAGUGCCUUCUGAUGUCUGCAACCUCAAGUUCUGAUGUUGAAAAACUGAAGAAGCUUAUUUUACACAAUCCGUACAUCUUAACUUUGCCUGAGGUGGGAGACGCAAAGGAUGACGUUAUCCCAAAAAAUGUUCAGCAAUUUUAUAUUUCUUGUGCUGCUCGUGAUAAGCUUGUCCAUAUCCUUGCCCUCUUGAAGCUAGAGUUGGUUCAGAAAAAAGUGCUGAUAUUUACAAAUUCAAUUGACAUGAGUUUUAGACUCAAACUAUUCUUUGAGCAGUUUGGGAUCAAGUCUGCAGUGUUAAAUGCUGAGCUGCCUCAGAGUUCUCGUCUACACAUCCUUGAGGAAUUUAAUGCUGGGCUAUUUGAUUACUUGAUUGCGACUGAUGAAAGUCAAUCAGAAGGAAAGGAACAGGUUGAUGAUCAAAAUGGCAGUGAGCGAAAAAAAUCAAAAAAACAUCGAAAGCAUAAAUUGGAUGCAGAGUUUGGUGUGGUCAGAGGAAUAGACUUCAAAAAUGUGCAUACUGUGAUAAAUUAUGAGAUGCCUCAAACAGCUGCAGGCUAUGUACAUCGAAUCGGACGUACUGGAAGAGCAUAUAAUACUGGAGCAUCUGUCUCUCUUGUUUCUGCUGAAGAGACAGAAAUAUUUGAAGAGAUUAAAUCUUUACUGGGGGAAAAUGAAGACAAGGUGUCACAGUUUAUUGCCCCAUUCCCAUUGCUGAGUAAAAAUGCAGUGGAGUCUUUGCGUUACCGAGCUGAGGAUGUUGCAAGGAGCGUCACAAAAAUUGCAGUAAGAGAAUCACGGGCUCAGGAUCUGAGGAAUGAAAUUCUUAAUUCUCAAAAAUUGAAGGCUCAUUUUCAAGAUAAUCCAAAAGACUUAGAUCUUUUGAAGCAUGAUAAGAUGUUAAGCAAGAAGGCACCGGCCCCACACCUACGUGAUGUGCCUGACUACCUAUUGGAUCCAACAACACAAGAAGCUAGCAAGAUUGUGAAGCUGGCCAGAGCUGCAAUGGGCAAUACUAAUGUAUCUCGUGGCAAAGGAUCAAAGGGAAGGUUCAAAAGAAGCAGAGACCCUCUUAAAACAUUUUCAGCUGAGGCACCGAAGCGAGCAGGGAAAGGUGGGAUGAAGAGAAAGGCAAAAGAUACUGAUAAUGGCCAUUAACAGAAAAAGGAACACCCUGCCUAAUUGUUUGGUACAAGUAAUUGUAGUUUAUACGAAAUUUGAAUUAUUUAUCGAUCAAUUUUUUUUGAUUGA